AUGAGAUUCAGGCUUUCGACAAAGUUCCACGACCGGCCCGUCGUGGAAGAGGAGAAGGCGCCACAGGAUGCUGAAAAUAUCGUGGCAGACGACAAGGAGACGGCCCAAGCCAGGGACACAGACUCUAGCUCCAUACGCGAUGAUCACAACGUCGACUUCCAGCGUGGUGACGAGGCCAUUCGUGCCAUGACCCAGAUCUGGACUAAGAGGGACUUGAUCAUCGCUUACGUCCUUAUCUGGUUCAUUUGCUUCGUCCAGGCUUUCUCAUCCGGCAUCAUCGGCACCAUGACGCCCUACGUCACCAGUAGCUUCGGUGUCCAUUCUCUGACUUCCACCAUGGGCAUCGUCGCCAAUCUCAUGUCCGGUCUCAUCAAGCUGCCCUACGCCAAGCUUUUGAACAUUUGGGGUCGCCCUCAGUCUUUCGGUCUUAUGAUCAUCAUAAUCACUCUCGGACUCGUCAUGAUGGCCGCUUGCAACAGUGUUUACGUCUAUGCCGCCGCGCUCGUCUUCUACAACGUUGGUUACAGCACCAUCAACUUCACUACCACCAUCUUCAUUGCCGAUACGUCCUCGCUCAAGAGCCGAGCCUUUAUGAUUGCCUUUGCUUCGUCGCCGUAUUUGGCCACCGUCUGGGCCUACGGUCCUGCAGCUCAGAGCGCCCUCGAUGGCUUCGGCUUCCGAUGGGGACUGGGUAUCUGGGCCAUCGUCUACCCCGUUGUCUGCACCCCCCUGUGGGCCUUGUUCUACUUCUACCAGAGGAAGGCAGAGAAGGCUGGUCUGAUCAAGAAAGAGCCCAGCGGUCGCACUCUCGUCGAGUCCAUCAUCUACUGGGCCAAGGAGUUUGACAUCAUCGGCAUUCUGCUUGUGGCCACUGGCCUCGCUCUCUUCCUGCUCUCUUUUUCUAUCUAUACCUACCAAAAAGAUCAAUGGAAAUCCCCAUUGAUCAUCUGCUUCUUCAUCUUUGGCGGACUACUCAUCAUUUCCUUUGCUCUGUGGGAGAAGUAUCUUGCGCCUGUCACCUUCAUCCCUUGGCAUUUGAUCAAGAACAGGACGGUCUUCUUUACCUACACCAUGAUGGCCAGCAUCUACACCGCUUGGUACAUCUGGGACAACUACUUCUACUCGUUGCUCAUUGUCGUGUUCCAACAGAGCGUGACACAUGCUACAUACAUCACCAAUAUCUACACCGUCGGCGCCACAUUCAUUGCCCUUGUUAUGGGAGUCGUUAUACGCAUUAACGGUCGCCUCAAGUGGCAAGCCCUCUACCUUGGUGUCCCGCUGACGGCCCUGGGGGUUGGCUUGAUGAUCAAGUUCCGCCAACCCGACUCUCAUAUUGGCUUCAUCGUCAUGUGCCAGAUCUUUAUCUCCUUCGGAGGCGGCAUCCUUGUCAUCUGCGAGCAAAUGACCGUCAUGGCUGUCUCGACGCAGAGGGAUAUACCCGCCGUCCUUGCUAUGGAGAGCAUGAUUGCAUCCAUGGGCGCCUCUAUUGGCGAUGCCAUCGCGGCGGCCAUGUGGACGAGCAUCUUCCCAAGCAAGCUGGAGAAAUACUUGCCCGAAAGUGCAAUGUCUAACUUUGCCAACAUCUACGGUGACCUGACCGUCCAAUCAUCUUACCCAGUUGGAUCACCAGCCAGAGAUGCCAUCAACACGGCUUAUGGUGACACCCAGCGAUUAAUGUUGAUCACCGCUACCUGCAUGUACUCCAUCACGCUGGCUUCAGUUAUGAUGUGGAAGAACAUUAAUGUCAAGAAGAUUAAGCAGGUGGAGGGUGUGGUUUGGUGA